AUGUUUUCAAAGAUCGAUUUGAGAUCCGGAUACCAUCAGCUAAAGGUGAAAGUAGAAGAUGUAGAGAAAACCGCAUUUAGAACAAGAAUUGAAAAUGAACAAAAUCUGAGGACUGUCUUGCCAACACUUAGAGAGAAGAAAUUAUUUGCUAAACUAAAGAAAUGUGAAUUUUGGUUAGAUGAAGUUGUAUAUUUAGGCCAUGUUAUUAAUAGAGAUGGGAUUUUGGUAGACCCACAGAAGAUAGAGGCAAUUGUGAAUCGGCCUACACCAACAAAUGUAACGGAAGUCCACAAUUUCAUGAGUUUAGCUGGGUACUAUAGAAGAUUUGUGAAAGAUUUUUCAAAAAUAGCUAUACCUCUUACCCAACUUAUACACAAAGGACAACCAUUUAAAUGGAAUGAUGAAAGGGAAUCUGCCUUCCAAGAACUGAAAACGAGAUUGACUACUAUACCAGUGUUGACAUUGCCCACAGGUACAGAAAACUUUGUGACUUAUAGUGAUGCUUCUUACAAAGGUUUGGGUUAUGUGUUAAUGAAGAAUGAGAGAGUAAUUGCCUCUGCCUUCAGACAAUUGAGAUUGUAUGAAAAGAACUACCUGAUGCAUGACCAAGAAUUGUCUGCAAUUGUGUUUGCUUUGAAAAUCUGGUAG